AUGACUACUACCGCUAUUAUUCCACAAGAAGUUAAAACUUCUCUUGAAGAGCAAAAUUACCCUUUUAAACCAAAUUGUGGUUCACGUGUGCCUAUAUAUGCCAACCUGAGUGACUCGGCUCAACAAUUGGAGCAAAAUCUUGUUUGGGAACCUCUUGGAGCCGAAAAAUCUUUUGAUUUAAACCAAUAUAUCAAUUUUGCAAAUUUUUCAAAAAAGUACUCUUCUUACGAACCCUCCUCCUACUUCACCGUUUCCUCAAGAAGACAAUACACCAAUCCUCUUGCUUGUGUUAAUUCACCUUAUUAUGAUCAUCUCGUUAACGGUGGAGGUUCGUUUAAUGGUGGCAAUGGUACAACGUUGAAUGGUUGCACAACUGAUAUCGACAAUGAAAAUUUGGUUCCGCAACAACAAGGUCAACUUUACAAUAUCAUGAACAAGCUUCCUCCUUCCUCUUCGGCUUGGUCUUCCUUUGAAGAUUUAAACACUCCAACAACCGCAACCACGAAUUCCACCGCUACCUCACGUUGUUCUACGCCGGCAAAUUCUGGUUUUUCUUUCAAUGAGCAAAUAAAAUUGGAGCCUUUCGUUGCGCAACAACACAAGGAUGUUCUUAAUCCCACUCCGCUCAAGUCUCGACCCUCUUUUCAAGAUUUAACCUCUCUUAAAAAACGUACUUCGGUGUCCGACUUGUCUCCGAGUCAUCGUGGAAAUGGUGUCCAAGCUUUUGAUAAUAAUAAGAGUUGUAGCAACAAUGGUGCCGUCAACGCCAACAAUAAUCAGCAACACGCCAAGGUUCGACGUAGCAGUAACACUACAAUCAUGUCUAACGCUACCGUGAUGUCUGACACGACUUCUGAACAAUCGGAUAAGUCUACCGCCAUUGAAUCUGAGAAAGAACAAAAGAAGGCAACCUUAUAUAAAACUGAAAUGUGUCGAAAUUGGGAAGAACGAGGUUCUUGUCGGUAUGGUGCAAAGUGUCAAUUCGCACAUUCGGCCAAUGAAUUACGCAUAGUUCAACAUCAUCCAAAAUACAAGACCGAGAUCUGCAAGACCUUUUGGCAGAAUGGAACUUGCCCUUACGGCAAGCGAUGUUGCUUCAUCCAUAAUGACAAAGAACGUCUCCUCCUUUGCAAGAGACACAGUGCCGAUAAUUUAAAGAAUUCAAAUAAAAAGGACAAGUCCAAGGGAUUAAGUAAAUUCGGAAGUGAUUCGGCUCUUUACGGUUCUUACCAAAGCGAUUCGUCAAAUUCUUCAAAUGGUGCACCAAUACCAUCUACACCUUCAAUGAGUCCGAUUGACUCUACACCAUCAUCUUCCUCAAAUGAUGAUUCACUUCGAGCCUUUGCGGAUGCUUAUUUUUCACCCAGUCACAACAUAACCAUGUCACCUGAAACCAUUGUUUCAAACAACACUUCACCACCAACCAUUCGUGACGAUGACAUCACGGCUUCAUCCAAUUCAAGCCCCAACAAUACACCGACAAAGAAGCGAAGCACAAACUUUCCAUGUAAUGGUGUUCUCGGAUUCAAUACUCAACUCGGUGAAGACGAUGAAUCCUCUGCUUUCGUUGAUGACCCAUUGAUGUCGAGUGGAUUUUUGAACGAAGCCAUGGAUGACGGUGCAAAAUCCCUCAUGAGUUAUGGUGCUUUUCCAAAUGAUCUGUUGUUACCAAGAGUUGAUAGGAAUACUCGUUCACAAGAGCGUCGAAGAGCAUCAAAAACUUCGUGUAAAUUGGAAGUAUGA